UUGUGAAUUUUAAAAUGUGUUCACUUGCAUGUAUGAAUGUUGCAAUGUGUUUUAUUAGUCAUUUAGUUAUCUAUUACAUAUAUAUAUGUCUUAAAAUGUGGUUACUAAGGUGUUGCAUAGGAGAUAUAUGGGCCAUAGUGUUAGAAUACAGACAAGAUUUAAAGGAAAUACUCCUCCAUCUAUAAAUGCAGGCCUAUCAAUAAGGGGAGAGGAAUUGCUCUUGCUCACACAAAGGCUUGCCUAAUUCUGAGAAAGGAGAAACCAAAUGAGCCAUUAAUUGCUCCUCCAAUUCAAAAAAAUGUUUUUCUGGCUGAGCAAUAUUAAUUCAUCCCGCAUGGAAAUCAAUGUUUUCCUUCUUAUUAUUUACAGCAAAAAGAAACCAAAAUAUAAGAAAAAGAUAAAAUAAAAUAGAUAAAAAGACUGUGAUAUAAUAUGUGUUUAUAAACUUAUUUUAUUUAUUCAGAUUGCUUGCCCAGCUCAAACUAUUGUAACCUUGGGGAAGUGAUUUCUUGCUCGGCUGUUAUUUUUUUAAUGAUAGGCCUGUAAACAAUGAAGAUAUUUUUUUUAUUUUUUUUAUAUGAAGAUAUUCAUUGAAAGCUGUAUGUAUGUUCCUAGUACAUGGUUUUGUUUUGAUUUUUUUGUGUUAAUAAUUUAUGAAAAGUUGAACCUAACAUUAACUUUGAUUGAAUUACUGAUUAUAAAUAGUAACCAUUAUUUUAAUAAUUUGUGUAUUAUAUUCAUUCAUUAUUGAUAUUUUUUUCAGUGUGUUGUUCUCUCUUCAAAAGUAGUUUCAGUUCUUUUUAUUUUGCUUUUACAGUUACAUAAUAUAUAAUUUAUUUUUUUUACUUUUUGAUGACAGAAUAAAAUACAAGCAUACUAUAUGAUGCAUAGGGAUGAACAGAAAUCCAAACACAAGCAUUGAAAGAGUUGAAUUAUGACUUUGUUAGCGAAGGCUUUAUACGACAAUCUAGCUGAUGCUCCCGAUGAGUUAAGCUUUCGAAAGGGCGAUAUUGUGACAGUGAUCGAGCAAGAUGUCGACGGGCUGGUUGGGUGGUGGUUAUGUCUUCUUCACGGCAGGCAAGGUAUCGUGCCUGGAAACAGGGUAAAGGUCAUCCCUCCUGUAGAGUUGGACGAGUUUGAAAAAGACAGUAAAAAACGGAGUUCGUAUGAAACUGAUGAAUUUUCUGACGGCGUUGAUUUUGCCGAUGGCGGUGGACAUAAUUAUGACGUACUUCCCGCGCCAGUUAAAGCGACCACUAGCAUCCACUCUCCUUUAAGCAUAAAGGAUAUGUUUGAUAUACCUUACAAAAAUGAUAAAAACGUCUUAGGAGAAGUGUACGACGUACCAAAGGCUCAGUCAAACGAAGAACUUUACGAUAAGCCGAAAAAUACUACGAGCCCUGUGCAGGAAAUUUACGACUUUCCAAGACCGGCCAGCGCGCAAGAGAUUUACGACGUACCAAAGUCAAGCGAAACGACGAGCACAACGCAAACACUUUACAAUGUACCCACUCAAUCAAGCAUUGCUGCUCAGCAAAGCUUAUUAAGUCCGGAUAACCAGGAACUAUACGACGUCCCCAAUAAGACCGGUAGUGUGCUGGAUAUGGAGAAACUAAUGGGAGAGAUAUACGACUCUCCUUUUAACGCUGACACCAACGUCAACACGAUCAAGCGUUCUCCGCUAAACAGCAAAAACUCAACACCGCGAAACAGUAUGAACUCCCCUGCUAGCUUCGUACAACACAAGCGGCAGUCUCAGGAGCUCUACGAUGUGCCAAAAAGAGCAUCUGCAGAAAUAUAUGACACUCCCAAUUCAGUUGGCGGUAACACCACUUCGCUCUCCGCAAUGUCAGCAACCGAACCGUACGAUGCACCAAAAGUCAAUAAAGACGGUUUCAAGACUGUAUUUCAGGAGGUUUACGACGUGCCCGUCUCGAAUACUCUAAAAAGGCCAACACCUGCCAAUAAACCAAUGCCACCUAAUUCGCAGACACUCCCAAAAGGUUUUAGCCCUAGAAAUGCUCAGCCCGCCCGAAGUACUCGUUUACAAGAAAUAUACGACAUUCCAACAACAGCUCUGAACAGGUCUUCGCCUAGCACACCCGUGCUGGAGCGCAAGUUGCUCGACGAUGUGUACGACUCCCCGAAAUCGAUCGACGUCAGAAGCUCGACGCCGCAGGACGGAAAUAGUUUAAUGCAGACGCCGGAGAUUUACGAUGUUCCACCACCCUCCAACGUAGAGGUGAAUAAGGAGAUAUACGAUACACCGAAAAAUAACACUAUUUCGAGAGACGAGAUUUACGAUGUUCCGUCCUCUCACAACCUGAACGACGUGAUGGCUGAUGUGACGCCAGCGUACAGUAAUCAUCGCAAAGGAAAUCGUCAGAACGAUACAUUUCUGCCAGUUGGUUCACUCGAAGACGACUACGUGGAUUAUCAUGAUAUAUGGAGCAAAGAGCCGCCCAAGGAUUUAUUGCGCGCCCACACUCAGGGAGUAUCUGCAAAGGAGCUCAGUCCUCCAGUUUCCCCCGGUGAUGCGGCAAAGAAGCGAUUUAGCGGUGAACAGAAAAAGUCGAUAUUGGACCAAAUCAACUUUGAAGCCGUAAAGGAGCUUCAAAUGACAACCAAUGAAGCGGCGGACAGACUUUCUAAACUUCAUUUAGCUGUCGAUACUUGUGUUACCACGCUCAUAGCUUAUUGUAGGGAAAACUGGCUCGAUAUUUCGGUGUUAAAAACGACCAUACAGCCAAUACGCGAUUUUUCAGGAAAAUUAAAAACGGCCCUUCGUUUGUUGACAGAAUUCGGACUGGGAACACUUGUCAACACAACGAAAAAUAUAAACGGAGAAAUUUUAAUGGAUAAGUUAAUUGGUGAGGUGGAGCCGUUGUUAGAAUCGUAUUACAAGGUCAAAAUUUGUCUGAUGCACUUAGAUACUAAUAACUGGUCAGUGCCAGACAUUCGACAAAGUUCAAACGAAAAGUUCUUCGCGACUUUAAACGCCAUUAUGAUUUUAUCACAACGCAUUCCUGAUCAGUGUCGUGGUUUCAGUUUGUCAGUGCAGAACAAUCUGAAUGAGCUAUUCGUACCCUCCCCUGUUGAAGCCAUAACCAAGCAAAUCGGUGCCUUGUCAACAGACUCGAGAACAUCGUCCUUAAAGCCGAACGUUUCUGAGCAGCGUGUACCGUCGUUGGAGGAUUUACGUAAAGAAACAGCUGGGCGAAGACAACAAGCUCGAGACACUGGCACAGCAACAUUGCAACGUCCUGUUCCGCGCUUGCCACCGAAACCAACAUUACCGAACCAACGAAGAUCUCUGGCUGGAGUAAUAGACCCACCCGAGUCGCCGCGUUUCUCGUUGGCAAAUCGCGGUAUCGGUCAUAUAGAACGACUUGUUACUGAUUACGUUCCCGAAAAUUCUCGGCAGAAAAAAUACGCGUCAGAUCCAGCUACACCCUCCUACGCAGAUGGACAAAAAACAAUGUGGGGUGGUAGCUGUCCCAUUCUCCUGGAUCGAAAUUCUGCGGCAGCAUACAGCCCGCUCCGCACGACUGAGUCUAUGUCCAGCUCCUCGUCAGUAGGAGCUAGCAUACCAGAGGAAAAUAUCGAAAUUAAACAGACUAAUACGGAACAAUUCGGGAGAAAUUACCCAUCGGACUCAAACAUAUUAUCGCCAGUUUUGACGCCGCUCCACACGCGCUCCGCUUCGUUGCCAUGGGACGAUAGGUUGAAAAACGCGUUCGCAUAUGAAGAUACUGGUCCGAAGUCGCCUCCGCUGUCUCCAUUAGAUCAUCGCGACAUCGAGUCGUUGGAGUUCUUUUGUCGGCAAGUCGAAUCGCAAGUCAUGUUGUUGAGGGAGUCGAUGAAAAAUUUAACUGAAGCGGUGGAGAAUCGUGACGAGCCCGUUGUCUUUGUGUCGCACUCGAAAUUUAUUAUACUUACAGCACACAAGGUUGUGCACGGUGGACAAGAAAUACUGGGCAGACUGAAAAAUCCAGAAAUAAAAAUGAAACUUAAAAAUGGCUCCGCCCAUUUGACUGUAUGCAUACGGGGCGUGGUCGCAUCUACUAAGACGGCUGCUUUAGAAUAUCCUGAACCAAGUGCCAUGAUGGAAAUGAUCAGUUCUGUACUAGCACUUGGCGAUGCAGUUCGUAUACUACACAGUGAAUGCAGAAGAGCCUUAAAUUCAUAGCACUUUAUCGCUGUCUCGAUGAUUAGCAACAACUGACUGACCAAGGCAACGUUUACGACACGAUCCCUAGCGUGGUCACACCGAAUGAGCGGUCUAGGGAUAUACCUUUGCCUCCCGGUGUCGUGCAGCAGUAUUUAAUAUUUAUCUAUGUAUUUCGACAUCUUAUGGUCACGCGAACCUUAAAAGGUCUCACUUUAAAAUUGAAAGAAACUUUUAGUAGAAUCUAAUACUUUUAUGAAGACAAACAGGCCACGAAUCUACACUUUUUUUUCAUAUAUUGGCAAAGAUUUGUAUGCGGUUAUCCGCUUCGUUGAACUGAUGUAAACAAACGUCCACAUAUAAUUAAAGCAGAAUUAAAGAAUGGAAUAGAGAAAAGUUUUCACUGUUAAGUUGUUUUUUGGUAAUAAUCGCUCGUCAUUGUUUGUUCUGUUUGCCGUUUUUUUUUUGUUAUUUGAUAAUUGAUAUAUUUUUUUAUUUUUAUUUAUAUUUAGUCAUUUAUCCAUUUUCACAUCUAAUGUGUAUCUGCUAUGAAUUUCUUUUGUUAGGCUUAAGUGUUUUUUAUCCUUCUCAUGACUAGACAGCUGGUACGAAUUUAUCAGUAUUUAACGGGCGUAAACUUUCGCGGUUCAGAGAAUAUUAAUGUAUGUCAUCAAUUAAUUUAUGCAUGUGACGUAUCGUAACGUUGUUGCUUGUCGCUUUUUUAUUUCUUUUUUUUUUUUCUUCUAGGUUUUCUUUCAUAAUUUUCGUCCUAAUCGCACCUUUAGCCAGGAUUUUUUUUUAAAAAAGAGGUUGGCAAAAAAAUUGAUCUAACUGACUGUAUUUUUUGUGUUCAGAGAAAUUCUAUAGUUUUGUACAAACAGUCAAAAAUUUGACAACAUUUUUAUAUUUUAGUAUUUACACAAGUGAAAACUGCGGCGCAUCUUUUUUCACGCAUGAUUGGUAAGCACACAAACCAUGAAAUGUAUAUACUAUAUCUUCUGUUAAAAACAAUAAUGGUAGAUUAAGCUGUGGUAGAAUUACUGUUAUAGUCAUGUAGGAAGUGACUAGACUGGGUAACAAAAUCUGUACCAACCCUGUCAAAAUAAUCAGCCAAACUUUGCAACAUAUUCUUUUUGUUUUGCUGUGACGUGUUUUCUCCCGGUACAUUGCCAAUUCGAGAGUUGUUGGUCAUUCUUUCUCUGCUUAUACGUCUUUAGAGUUAGAUUGUAAUUUUUAUUACGUUUCAUCUAUUUUUGUGGUAAUUUAUUCUCUUUUUUAGCUGAUCAUAUGUAAAACAUGUAUGAAAAAAUGUAUCAACAAUUUUA